AUGGGGCUCAUGUCGCGCGGAGCUUUCAAGGACCUCUUCACGGAGGUCCUGCGCUAUGCAUUGAUCGGCGAGGAUCUCGACUGCACUGACGUGUCGGGGCAGCUCUUCAUCUUCUCAGCCCUGGAGCGGUGUCCCGACGACGUGCUGAGCAGCGUGGUAGACAGCUACUCCACAGUGUCGCCCAGCCUCUUUGCGCGCAAUAGCGCGGGCUCCACGCCGCUGCUGCUGGCGGCGGGCCGGGGCUUAUCUGCCACCACCAGGACUUUGCUGCGCCUGGGCGCCAACCGCGCAGCGGUGGACGACCAGGGCCGCACGCUGCUCCAUGAAUCAGCCGCCGCGCUGCUGAUGCCGGUGCUCCAAAGUCUGCCGCCGGAGAUGGUGUCGCAGCAGCUGGCGUCUCAAGACGCCAGCGGCAACACGCCUUUGCACCUGGCCCUCAAGGCCCAGAAAGUGGACGAGGCCACUCCACCCAGCGAGGGAUGGGCGGGAGCCUAG